AGAUUUGGUGUGAACCACACACACUAAUCCGGUCCACCGGAAUCGAAACCAAACUGUUGAUCAUCGUGCACAAGCACAACUUGCCAACCGCCACUUCACGCGAUCGAUCACUCUCACUCCUCUCGCUGCCGCUGCCGCACCUAGCCAAAUUAUGCCUUCGCCUUCGCACCUCGCCGGCGCGCUGGACGCGGCGCGCCCCUUCCUGCGCGGCGAGGAGGAGCAGGUGGACCCGGCGCUCCCCAAGCUGGCCGCCGUGCUGCGCGCCGCCGGCGCCGGCGAGUGCUGGCACAAGCACGGCACCUUCCUCGCCCACCUCCUCGACGUCCACCGCAUCCUCCGCCUCUGGGGCGCCCCCGACGCCGUCGCGCGCUGCGGCCUCUACCACUCCGCCUACUCCAACUCCUACGUCAACCUCGCCAUCUUCGAACCCGACGUCGGCCGCGACCACGUGCGCCCCAUCGUCGGCGCCGCCGCCGAGCGCCUCGUCCACCUCUUCUGCGUCGUCCCGCGCCACCAGCUCAUCCACGACGACCUGCUCUUCCACUACGCCGACCAGGACCUCGUCGCCGACCUCGCCGCCUCCGAGGCGUCACUGCAGGACGCGCGGCGCGGGCUGUUCCACCACGACGGCGAGGCCUGGCGGCUCAAGAUCCAGCGCCUCCUCCCGCCCCACGGAAUCACUGUCAAACACAUCAGGACUGGCGAGGAUGUGGCACUGUCGAGGCGCAUCGCGGCAACCUUCCUUCUCAUGACAAUGGCGGACUUCAGCGACCAGCUCUUCGACUGGCAGGAUCGCCUCUUCGACAACACCAAUGGCCGCCUCGAGUUCAGUGGCAAUACCUGGACUUCGCUCUGGCCAGGCACCGGCAAGCCCGGCCUCUGGACUGCCUCCAUAUCCCGCAUGGGCGCGCUCUACAGCCUCAUCGUUCGCGAGGAAGAGAUACACAUAGCUCAACGAAAGCAUAGCAACAAUGGCCAAGAAGACGAUCGUGACGAGGACAUUGAGCUGGUGAUCCCACCGGUGUUCAAUGGCUGCACCCAGGUGCUCACCGCCGACGACCAGAAGGCGGCACGGGACCUCUACUGGGAUGCAGUUUGCAGCGGCGGCGAGGACGAGACGGAUUGGCGCAAGGUGGAGGAGAUCCUGCGACGGUGCAUUGGCAGGAACCCGUUUGUAGGAGAGCCUCACCUGGUUCUUGCUCAGGUGCUUCUGAACAUGGAGAUGUAUGAGGAGGCAGAGGAGCAGAUAGAGGCAGGGGUGAAGCUGUUGCUGGAGUGGGGGAGCAGCUGGGACAAGAGGAUGCCAUGGGAGGCUUGGGUGUCAUGGGGCAGGGCGAUGCUGAUCAAGGCCAAGGACAAGGAUUGGCCGCACACCUCCUUCGGCAUCCUCAGCAUAGGGCUUGUCAAGUGAGUGAACCCAUUCACCUCCACUCUCUGAUGGUAAAUUAAGCUGCACCUGUACUGUACAUGUCAUAACAUCACCUGAUAAUUGCUGUAUCCUCUCCAUCGGUAUAUAUAUGCUUAGCUCGAUGGAGGAAAUCAAACAUGAUGGAUAUGAAAUAAAUCGCUCCACAAAUAUCAAAAUAAUUUGACGCAUCCAUAGAUAUCA